GCCAUCAGCAUCAGCAAAGCCAUCAAUACCCAGGAGGCACCUGUGAAGGAGAAGCAUGCCCGGCGCAUCAUCUUGGGCACCCAUCACGAGAAGGGGGCCUUCACCUUCUGGUCCUACGCCAUCGGCCUGCCACUUCCCAGCAGCGCUAUCCUCAGCUGGAAACUGUGCCAUGUGCUCCACAAGGUCCUUCGAGACGGGCACCCCAACGUUCUGCAUGACUGCCAGCGGUACCGGAGCAACAUCCGGGAGAUCGGGGAGCUGUGGGGACACCUGCAUGACCGCUACGGACAGCUGGUGAACAUUUACACCAAACUUCUGCUGACCAAAAUCUCCUUCCACCUCAAGCACCCCCAGUUUCCUGCAGGCCUAGAGGUGACGGACGAGGUGCUGGAGAAGGCAGCAGGGACUGACGUCAACAACAUCUUCCAGCUCACCGUGGAGAUGUUCGACUACAUGGACUGUGAGCUGAAACUCUCCGAGUCAGUUUUCCGGCAGCUCAAUACGGCCAUUGCCGUGUCCCAGAUGUCCUCGGGCCAGUGUCGCCUGGCCCCGCUCAUCCAGGUCAUCCAGGACUGCAGCCACCUCUACCACUACACGGUCAAGCUCAUGUUCAAGCUGCACUCCUGUCUCCCCGCGGACACCCUGCAAGGACACCGGGACCGGUUCCAUGAGCAGUUCCACAGCCUCAGGAACUUCUUCCGACGAGCCUCCGACAUGAUCUACUUCAAGCGCCUCAUCCAGAUCCCCCGGCUCCCCGAGGGUCCCCCUAACUUCCUCCGGGCCUCAGCGCUGGCGGAGCACAUCAAGCCAGUGGUGGUGAUCCCCGAGGAAGCCCCCGAGGACGAGGACCUCAUUGAGAUCAGCACAGGACCCCCCGCCAAGGAACCCGGGGUGGUGACUGACCUCUUCGAGCAAACGUUUGGACCCCCCAAUGGCUCAGUGAAAGAUGACAGGGACCUGCAGAUCGAGAGCUUGAAGAGGGAGGUGGAGGUGCUCCGGGCGGAACUGGAGAAGAUGAAGCUGGAGGCCCAGCGGUACAUCGCUCAGCUCAAGGGGCAGGUGAACGCGCUGGAGGCGGAGCUGGAGGAGCAGCGGAAGCAGAAGCAGAAGGCCCUGGUGGACAACGAGCAGCUGCGGCACGAGCUGGUCCAGCUGAGGGCCGCACAGCUGGAGGGCGAGCGCAACCAGGGGCUGCGUGAAGAAGCAGAGAAGAAGGCCAGUGCCACCGAGGCACGCUACAGCAAGCUGAAGGAGAAGCACAGCGAGCUCGUCAACAUCCACGCCGAGCUGCUCCGCAAGAACGCAGACACAGCCAAGCAGCUGACGGUGACACAGCAGAGCCAGGAGGAGGUGGCGCGGGUGAAGGAGCAGCUGGCCUUCCAGAUGGAGCAGGCCCGGCGAGAAUCUGAGAUGAAGCUAGAGGAGCAGAGUGACCAGCUGGAGAAGCUGACCAGGGAGCUGGAGGCCAAGGCCGGGGAGCUGGUGCGUGCCCAGGAGGCCCUGAGCCGCACGGAGCAGAGUGGCUCGGAGCUGAGCACGCAGCUGGCCGCACUGAGUGCAGAGAAGGACACGCUGAGCAGUGCUGUGCGGCAGCGUGAGGCCGACCUGCUGGCCGCCCAGGACCUGGUGCGCGACAAGGAGGCGGAGCUGAGCCAGGAGCGGCAGCGCGGCUCCCGGGAGAGGGACGAGCUGCAGGGCCGGCUGGCCGAGAAGGAGUCUCAGGAACAGAGGCUGCAGCAGAGGCUGCUGGACAAGCAGUUUGCAGUGCUGCAGGGCGCGGUGGCCGAGGCUGAGGCCAUCCUGCGUGACGCCGUGGGCAAGCUGGACGACCCCCUGCACCUGCGCUGCACCAGCUCCCCAGACUACCUGGUGAGUCGCGCGCAGGCCGCCCUGGAUGCCGUGGGCACCCUGGAGAGCGGGCAUGCCCAGUACGUGGCCUCUAUGGAGGAUGCCUCUGCCCUGGUGGCCGCCCUGACCCGCUUCUCGCACCUGGCUGCAGACACCAUCAUCAACGGCAGUGCCACCUCACACCUGGCCCCCACUGACCACGCCGACCGCCUGACGGACAUGUGCCGAGAGUGUGGGGCGCGGGGCCUGGAGCUGGUGGGGUGUCUGCAGAACCGGCAGGACCUGCCACAGGCCCAGCCUGGCCUGGUGCGGACUCCCCUUCAGACCAUCCUUCAGCUGGGCCAGGAGCUGAAGCCCAAGAGCCUGGACGUGCGUCAGGAGGAGCUCGGGGCCGUGGUGGACAAAGAGAUGGCUGCCACAUCAGCGGCCAUCGAGGACGCCGUGCGGAGAAUUGAGGACAUGAUGAACCAGGCCCGGCAGGCCAGCUCUGGGGUGAAGCUGGAGGUGAAUGAGAGGAUCCUCAAGUCCUGCACAGACCUGAUGAAGGCCAUUCGGCUGCUGGUGACGACGUCCACCAGGCUGCAGAAGGAGAUUGUGGAGAGCGGCAGGGGGGCAGCCACACAGCAGGAAUUUUACGCCAAGAACUCCCGCUGGACAGAGGGCCUCAUCUCUGCCUCCAAGGCGGUGGGCUGGGGGGCCACUCAGCUGGUGGAGUCCGCGGACAGGGUGGUGCUGCACACGGGCAAAUACGAGGAGCUCAUCGUCUGCUCACACGAGAUCGCGGCCAGCACCGCCCAGCUGGUGGCAGCCUCCAAGGUCAAGGCCGACAAGCACAGCCGCCACCUGAGUCAGCUGCAGGAAUGCUCGCGCUCGGUCAACGAGAUGGCCGCCAACGUGGUGGCCUCCACCAAGUCUGGCCAGGAGCAGAUCGAGGACAGAGACACCAUGGACUUCUCGGGCCUGUCCCUCAUCAAGCUCAAGAAGCAGGAGAUGGAGUCCCAGGUGCGUGUGCUGGAGCUGGAGACAAGGCUGGAGGCCGAGCGCGUGCGCCUGGGGGAGCUGCGUAAACAGCACUACGUGCUCGCCGGCGGUGUGGGGACCCCUGGCCAGGAGGAGCCUGCCAGGCCCAUUGCUGCCCCCCGCAGCGGGGCCUCCAAGAAGCCCCCCUUGGCCCAGAAACCCAGCGUGGCCCCCCGGCAGGACCACCAGCGGGGUGGGGGCACACAGCUUCCUGGCGCCACUGAGACCCCGUCUGCCCUGCAGCUUGACAAAAAAGACGGGGUCUACCCAGCUCAGCUCGUCAACUACUGA